UAUACCUCAUACGAUAUGACAUGUAAAGGUUCAACUCUAUUUAACCCUACAAAUAAAUUGUGCACUGCAGAUUAUACUUGCACACAAAUUACAACUACUACAACUCCUGCUACGAUAGUGGACCCUUGUCCCCUUGGAGUUGGUAGAUUUCCAAUGAUUCCAAGUGAUUCCAAGUGUCAGAAAUAUUAUUAUUGUUUCGUGGAAAAUGGACAAUUUGUGAGAUAUAAUUUCACAUGCCCAAAUGAUUUACAAUUUAACUCGAAGACACAAAAAUGUAUGUUACCAUGUCCAUCUUCUUCUUUAGAAACUUCUUUAUCCUGUACAAAUUGUAAAGUGUCAUAAAUAGCAAUUAAU